GUCACUGUGCGCAUUGGUACAGUGCUGCCGCACUGCUGCGGAGUUGUGCGAUGAGCCGGCAGUAACUUGCCUACAAAGAAAUGUUUGUCUUGUGAGUAGAAGUGUCUCGUGUGUGCAAUGUCGGAAUAUUCAACUAUAUAGUGCAGUGUUUGUGUGGAUUAGUGUGUUUAUUUCACUUGGGAACGCUGGAAAUGCAACCAACAGUUCCGAUCAGCAGUUACACGUGUCUUAAGCGAAUCAGCAUGCUGGUUAUCUUGCUGAACUGCGUUACCCUCGGCAUGUAUCGGCCGUGCCUGGACGAUAAUGGCUGCGACUCGAACAGAUGCAAGUUGUUACAGAUCUUCGACGACUUCAUCUUCGCAUUCUUUGCGUUGGAGAUGUCAAUCAAGAUGGUCGCGAUGGGGGUGUACGGCAAGGGAACUUACCUUGCAGACUCCUGGAACAGGCUAGAUUUCUUCAUUGUCAUUGCGGGUGCCUUGGAGUAUUGUCUGAACGUGGAAAAUAUGAAUCUAUCAGCAAUAAGAACAAUUCGCGUGCUUCGACCCUUGCGAGCGAUAAACAGAAUACCAAGUAUGAGGAUAUUAGUGAUGCUGUUACUAGAUACACUCCCGAUGCUAGGGAACGUGUUACUGCUUUGCUUUUUCGUGUUCUUCAUCUUCGGAAUUGUCGGCGUUCAACUCUGGGAAGGAAUUCUCAGACAGCGCUGUUAUCUCAAGCAGUUGCCCAAUAUCAGUUACCCCAGGCCACUGGCAUCCUACUACACAUAUAUGGAACAGGAUCGCGAUUAUAUAUGCUCCAAGCUCGAAGACAACGGCAUGCAUCAGUGUAAUGACCUGCCACAUUUCAAAGUUGGGGACAUGUUGUGUAAUGACAGCGCCAUUGUAGGAGCAACCAACACUCCCUCUGAGAAGUCAUGUGUGAACUGGAACCAGUACUACACCGAAUGCAAAGCUUCGCCCUAUAACCCUUUCCAGGGAACUAUUUCUUUUGACAACAUCGGUCUCGCCUGGGUAGCCAUUUUUCUUGUUAUCAGCUUAGAAGGCUGGACCGAUAUUAUGUAUUACGUCCAAGAUGCUCAUUCCUUUUGGGACUGGAUAUAUUUUGUUCUUCUGAUUGUGAUCGGCUCGUUCUUCAUGAUUAACCUGUGUCUGGUGGUCAUCGCUACGCAGUUUUCGGAGACCAAGAAGCGAGAAAUGGAACGCAUGCGAUUGGAACGAGAGCGUUUUCGCUCGACGAGCACUCUGGCGUCUUCUACCAAUAACUCCGAGCCCACGUCGUGUUACGCUGAAAUCGUUAAAUACGUCGCUCAUCUGUGGAGAAGAAACAAGCGACGCUUGCUGAAGAAGUACCGACUCUACAAGUAUAGAGCGCAGCAGCUGAAAGAACAAAAACGAAGCGAGCAGCAGACUGGCGAAGGACUCGCAGCCCCGGUUGUGGGCGCCAUUACACUGCACCAGUACAGGGGAGCCAAUGGGAACAACGGAAGCGGUGGCGUCCGCGGCAACUUACAUCACCAUCUGCAUCAUCACCAUCACCACCACCAUCACCACGGAUGCCACGCGGCCAAGCCUACCAGAGACGUGGCUUCUUCGACUGCGGUCGUGACUUCAUUCGCCGAAGGUCCUCCUCCAGGUCCUCCCACUGUCACGACGGAUACGGCAGGAAGCCAAUCGGGUGCUCCACGAGCAACUCCAGAGGUCACUGACAUUGACCCUACGGCGAGCCCGAAGCGUCUUGCAGGCGGGUUGUUGAGAAUUGCGUCUCCGUCGAACGGAUGGGGAGAACCGGCUUGUGGUACUGAGAGCGGAGCUCAGAAUCUGCUAAGCCCAGCGGGGAACAACCAGCAAAGGAGGCCGAGUAGUGUCAUGUUUAGUGACGUGGUUCUGUUUCACGGUGGUGGAGCCAGCGGUAACGGAGAGACAACGAAGAACGUGUGUUCCAGUGAGAAAAUGACUCAGACCGGAGACGAGAAUCUAUGGCCAGUACUUGGCAGUUCCGCAGCGGGGCAGCACAUAGCACCGCAGCAACAGAUUGUGGAGUGUGGUGGAGUCGGAGGCAGCAUGAUGGGCACUGAAGCCAUGACCUGCCAGGAGCUGUUGGCUCUGAGCGGGGCCCUUAGCGCAGCUCUGCCCACUGGCCAGCUUGGACUCGGUUCCUUCUUUUCCUCAUUCAGCAAAGGAGGUGUGGAAACUCUCGGAGAUGACCAAGAAGGCUUUCACAGGUGGUGCAACAGUCCAGAACAUGAGUUGUGUUGCAGCGAACAGCCCUGCGGUGGAGAUUGGGCCAUGAUACUGGAGGGAGGAGUCUCCAAGAGGCACCGCCGGCGUCACGGUGGCAAGGUACCAUGGAGGUGGAUCUCUACCUGUUGUUGCUCUUGUCUCAGGGGUAUCCGUCGAGUCAUCAAGGCUGUGGUCGAACACAAGUACUUCCAGCAAGGGAUACUUCUCGCCAUUCUCAUCAACACCCUGAGCAUGGGAAUUGAGUACCACAAUCAGCCAGAUGGGCUUACUGUGAUAGUGGAAAUCAGCAACAUCGUAUUCUCGGCGAUAUUCGCAGUUGAAAUGGUGCUCAAGGUUGUUGCCGAAGGUCCGUUCUCUUACAUUAGCAACGGGUUUAAUGUUUUCGACGGUGUUAUCGUUGUGUUAAGUGUGAUAGAAAUGUGCCAGACGUACCUGGGCGAUGGGGAAGGCAGCUCCGGUCUCAGCGUCCUGCGAACUUUCCGACUGUUACGAAUCCUCAAGUUAGUUCGGUUCAUGCCGAAUCUUCGCCGCCAACUGUUUGUGAUGCUGAGGACGAUGGACAAUGUUGCCGUCUUCUUCUCGCUGCUCAUCCUUUUCAUAUUCAUAUUCAGUAUUUUAGGAAUGUACCUCUUUGGUGGUAAGUUUUGCAUGCUGUCAGAUGGAUCCAGAGAGUGUAAUUGUGACGAAAUCGUCAAUCGUCACCCGAAGUGCGUUUGUGAUAGGAAACAUUUUAACAAUAUUCUCUGGGCCACCGUCACGGUCUUCCAGAUCCUAACCCAAGAAGAUUGGAACGUCGUGCUGUUUAAUGGAAUGGAGAAGACGAGCCACUGGGCCGCGCUAUACUUCGUGGCACUUAUGACAUUUGGUAACUACGUUCUCUUCAACCUUCUAGUUGCCAUCUUGGUAGAAGGCUUCUCUUCAGAGCGAAAUGAGCGCCGCGAACGGGAGCAGCGGGAGUUGGCAAAACAAGCGCAGCAGGCACACAAAUGCGAGUACAGUGAUCACUUUUCCAGCUUUGAUGGAUCAAGAUCGAGUUCGAGUUCAGAAUCCGACAGCUACACCGCAGGAACGCAGGAGCUGAAGAAUAGAUGGAGAAGUGCAGAAGAGUUGAGGAAAACUGACAAUGGGCAUUGUGAAAAGAACAGCUGGAAGCAGAAACAAGAUCUGGAUCGUGAUUACGAGCCAAAGUGCAAUAUUCAGAAAGAGAGCAAAAUGCUGUGCCAGCAGCCUAUAAUCACGCACACUGUGGCAACUCCGCAGGAUUCUCCCAACACAACUCUUGAUUCCUCCAUGAGGGACUUCAACAACCGCCUGAUGGCUCCUGCACUCUAUGCCAGCUCCACUUCCAUAGAUUCCAUAGACCGCUCGAUGUCAUCACAACACAGCAUUCCUGGACUCUUGAAACCUCCGAACAAUAAAUUCACAGUGAAUAACCUAAGUCAGCCCACACCAACACUUGGGAGGCGUGUCAGCCUCGUGGCAGUCAGCAGUCGCAGGGACACAUUGCCAAGCACACCACGCAUCCAGAGGGUUUGUUCAUGGAAGCUGUCACGACCUUCAUUGAGAAGAAAGUCACGAUGUGGUGGAUCUGAAAUGGGCCAACAAGAUCAGUUAGGUGACCAUGAUAUUAUCCUCAACAACAAUAAUAUCCUCAGCCCUCCCGGCCACUGUGGGGACCACUCACACUGUAAUGGAGGGCUUCUUGGCACCAUCCGGAAUGAUACUCAGGGUACACCAAACAACAACAGGCAUUUCAACAAUAACAACAGCAGCAAAGGACUCAGCCCUCAGAACUCAAUCCGGAGCAGCCGUGACUCUCCUGGUUACUGUCCGCUAUCUCAGGUGUCAUGGGUCGGGUCUCUUACCCGACAGAACUCUCUCUCCAGUAGCGCCUAUCAGCCGACACAAUCACAGCAGGCGUCGCAACAGCAGCAACAUCUCCCUUCUCACCAACAACUCACACCACAGAACUCCUUAUCUUCAUAUCACAGUAGUGUUUACAAUGGAGGACGAGGUACACGUUCCAGCUCCAUUCAGUAUGAGGACAGUACGAAACCCAUCAACAACCUAACUGCCAGAGCUAUGGCAGAGGCGUCGCCAUUGCCAAGGGUGAAGCAAAUGCAUGACGACUCUGUGAUUGUGAUGUCUCAACAAGGUUCCUGUCAGGGCUCAACAAUAAUCAAUCCAGCCGGAGCUGGUUCAAAUCCUGGAACUGUUGUAGAAAAUAAUAAUGGAUCAGGAUCAUCAACAGCUCUCAAGAAGAUCUUCAUGUUCUUUGAGCCAAGAGGCUGCCUCAAGGAACGGGAUGAUUAUUCACUCUACUUGUUUCCGCCUCACAACAGGUUCCGAAUAAUGUGCAGAAAACUAGUAGAUAAGAAAUGGUUUGACAAUAUGAUUCUGCUUUUUAUCGCCCUGAAUUGCAUCACUCUGGCAAUGGAACGCCCCAACAUCCCACCGGACAGCACGGAACGCAUGUUUCUUGCCACUGCCAAUUACGUUUUCACAGUAGUUUUCGCCAUGGAGAUGUUUGUGAAGGUGAUCACUGCUGGAAUGGUGUAUGGGCGAGAGGCAUAUUUCACAUCAGGGUGGAAUAUAAUGGAUGGUUCACUUGUUAUAAUUUCCAUAAUUGAUUUGCUCAUGUCCCUAGUAUCAGAGGGUAGCCCACGGAUAUUCAACAUUCUCAGGGUUUUUAGACUAUUAAGAUCAUUACGUCCUCUGCGUGUGAUAAAUAGAGCUCCCGGUCUGAAACUUGUGGUCCAGACUCUACUUUCUUCUCUUCGACCUAUUGGAAACAUUGUUCUCAUCUGUUGUACGUUCUUCAUCAUAUUUGGAAUUUUAGGUGUUCAGCUGUUCAAAGGUGCAUUCUAUUACUGCGAGGGACCAGAUAUUAAGAAUGUGAGAAAUAGGACUGGCUGCGAAGCAGAUAGCAGAAACGUGUGGAUCAACCGAAAGUACAAUUUUGAUGACCUUGGGAAAGCCCUCAUGUCACUGUUUGUGCUGUCAUCUCGCGAUGGCUGGGUCAACAUAAUGUACACUGGUCUUGAUGCUGUUGGUGUGGAUCAACAGCCAAUAGAGAACUAUUCUGAGUGGCGACUCCUGUACUUCAUCGCUUUCAUUCUUCUGGUGGGUUUCUUCGUGCUCAACAUGUUUGUUGGCGUUGUGGUCGAGAAUUUUCAUCGCUGCAGAGAGGAGCAAGAAAAGGAAGAGAGGGUACGGCGUGCUGCCAAAAGAGCCAAGCAGAUGGAGAAAAAGAGACGAAAAAUGCACGAGCCGCCGUAUUAUACGAAUUAUUCGCAUUCGAGGCUGAUGGUUCAUAAUGUGGUCACCUCCAAGUACUUUGACUUAGCUAUAGCUGCAGUCAUUGGUCUCAACGUUGUAACGAUGGCUAUGGAAUUCUACCUGAUGCCCAAGGCAUUGACAUAUGCACUGAAGAUCUUCAAUUACUUCUUUACUGCUGUUUUCAUCUUGGAAUCAGUAAUGAAGCUGGUAGCCUUAGGACUUCACCUGUAUUUCAAAGACAAGUGGAAUCAGCUGGAUGUUAUCAUUGUGAUCUUGUCGAUUGUUGGCAUUGUUCUUGAGGAAGUAGAAUCUAAGAUCAUUCCAAUAAAUCCUACAAUCAUCCGAGUGAUGAGGGUGUUGCGAAUAGCUAGAGUGUUAAAGCUGCUGAAGAUGGCAAAGGGUAUUCGGGCGUUGCUGGAUACGGUGAUGCAGGCUUUGCCACAGGUUGGCAACCUUGGGCUCCUGUUUUUCCUUCUCUUCUUUAUCUUUGCUGCUCUUGGAGUUGAGCUGUUUGGCAGACUAGAAUGCAGCGAAAAAUAUCCAUGUCAAGGUCUUGGAGAGCAUGCCCACUUCAGCAACUUCGGUAUGGCAUUUCUCACAUUAUUCCGAGUAGCAACAGGAGACAAUUGGAAUGGCAUCAUGAAGGACACCCUCCGCGAUGACUGUGACGAUGAAGCAGACUGCGUUCGUAACUGCUGCGUGUCGACUGUCAUCGCUCCUAUCUUCUUUGUUAUCUUUGUUCUCAUGGCCCAGUUUGUUCUUGUCAAUGUUGUUGUGGCUGUACUGAUGAAGCACCUAGAGGAAUCUCAUAAACAUAUGGAGGACGAGUUAGACAUGGAGGUAGAGUUGGAACGUGAGUUGGCAGCAGAGCAAGUGGAGGUGUUGGAGGAGGAAGAGGAUGAACUGCGUCUGCAACAGGCUCUGGAGAUGUCACUUGAUCAUGAAAAACAGCAGCAGGAACAGCAACAAAUGAAGAAGCCUCUCAGUAAAGUGCUUUCUCUACCGGCCAACUUUACAUUCUCGUCACCUUGUGGAAGUCUGGACACACAGGAAGACAUCAUGUUGCAGCCCUGUGAGAAAAGACGUGGAUCAUCCGCCUCUGGGGAUUUCCAUCGCUAUUAUCAUAGCAGUCAUUACAAGCGCCAUUCACGGAGACGACAGACAUUUCAUUCCCAAGAUGCUGCUCUUCUCCCUCCAGGCAUUCCUCCAGCGUACCCUGCCACAGGCUACACAGCCGCCUACAAUUUGUCAUAUAUGGAGGAAAGGCGACCAGACCGACAACAAGAUGAAGGAAGCGCUUGGCUGCUUCCUGAUGCUUCAAAAGACAGAGAAGAGAAAGCCCGAGUCAGAAGAGUUGGAAGUGAUCCACCAGCAGGUCCAGGUUUUUUAUCUGUUCCAAAACUCCAGCUACGGGACAUGGGUAGCACAAAGCGACUCAAUCUCUCUGAAUUGCUAGUAAGCAGCGGGAGUGUCCGAGGCAGCCGACAUGAACUGUGGCUGCAUCCGCAUAGUCAGCAACAGGUAGGAGUUGACAUCACUCUGGGAAGUCCAUCAUCUGCUGCUCCUUCUGAAGAUGUGUCGCCAGAAUGUGUUUCCCCAGCUGUAAUGUUGGUCCCACCACCAUACAGGGCUGCCACACAGACAACUAGCCUUCAGUUACCUCCUUCUGUGAGGUCUGCCAGCACCACACCAGAUGAGGAUCGACAAACAGACUUUGAUACUCGGGAUAGUCUCGACGAAGUAGUAGAAGAUAUUCCUAGAAGAAGGACUUCCACUGUAAAUUUAAGUGUUGAUUCUGAAACAGGAUUUGAAUCUACACCCAAGAAUUUGUUUAAUUUGAGAAGCGCGAGUGGAUCUUCAUCUGACGUUCCACCGGAUACAGACGCAACUAGUGGAGACACAAAUCCUCGACAGACAAGUUCAGACACGACGCAGCCAUAUGCAUCUGAAACAGAUACAGUUCCAAGUUCCUCCCAACUGUCAGUUGAGGAUGAUCCUGAUGAUGCUUGGACACAGCAGUCACCCCUUGAAACCAGUGCUGAGACGAUAGCAGUUCCUGCCCAUGUAAAGCAGCAGGUUAGAGAGGCUGACAUGAGCAAUGUAGAAGGACAGGUGAUCGGCUGUGUUAGGGACAUGAAGUUGAGUAGUGAACUGUAUUCAGUGCAAGCUGAUGAUGCUGACGAGCAAGGAGAAGGUGAAAGCAAUGCACAGGCAUUUGGUGAUGAACGUAAUGGAUCUAAAGAACGGCUUGUAGCAAGUGCUUCAUCAGAGGAAUGUUGUGAGGAGCAGCUCUUGCUGCCGUUAUCACAAAGUUCCGACAAGUGAUGGAAAAAAUAAAAUUCACUCCCGUGCAGUGAAUGCGUGUUUCAUGAGGAAACAUUGAUUGCUGUUGAGACUGGUCUAUUAUACAGAUAAUUAGAGACUACAUAUAUUUUUAUUUUUGUGUAUAUUUAGACUUUGGAAAUGGAGGAAUUAGUUUUAAUGUUCAGUAAUAUUAUAUAAGUUGACCAAUUUCCCCCCCACCCCACCCCACUCCAGCAAGAUCAAUGUGGUGUUAUGCCAUUGCUGUAGGAAUUCAGGAAAAGAAAAAUCUUAGACACACAAACCCCUUUCACAACUUAUUUAAUUGGUAGCAUUAAACACAUACAAAAUAGAGCUUACAAUUUAGAUAAAUUCUAUAAACCUCAAAUGAAAAAUUUUCAGACAACAUUGUGUCUCUUAGAAGAAUUUGUUCUUUUUCGCAAGAAACUUUCAACUGAAAAUGUGACUUGGUCUUGGGAACUAUUUUAAUUUAAUUAUCUGUCCUGUGUGUGUGUGUGUAUACAAACAUGUAUGCAGCAGCAGAAAAUUCUGUGAUUAUUGCAUUGUCUUGAGUGCUAGGAAGUUUGUUAACUUCACAAAAUAUUUUUAUCCCUAUUCCCAAUGAUAGAGUUGUCUGUUGCAUCUUACAGUGUAAACUUUCUUUGCCUGUUGCCUUAGUCAGGCCUACAUUAAUCAGUUAAGGAGGGUAAACCUUAAAGUGCAGAAGAAUUGAUGAUUGAACAUAAAACUUCUCUUAUAUCAGUCAUCUCAUCAGUUCCAGGGAGUCGAACCAAACAUAAUGACAAGUGCCGAGUAUGAAUAUCACAAUCUUCUGGGUUGCAAUGCCAUGUACUCUGGUAGAAGUUUAAAAACGUUUCACAGGUCCUUCCUGCUUCCUUCAUCAGGGUAAUCAUUGCCAAGAUGAUGAUGAUGAUGGAGGCAGCAGAAAUCUUUGAAACAUUGAUGAAUGUCCACCAGACUAAGUAGCACUGCAACCCACAAGACAGUCAUCUUCACAGGUAAAUAAUGUUUUUAAAUACAAAUUAAUCCAUUUCAGCAUGUUUGACAUCUUAAUGUGAUUUGAUUCUGAGGUACACAUAGAAGUUUACCAAUUGAGAAUUUUACUUUCCAUAUGUUGGUAAUAGUGGUAUAAUGUUUUAUGAUUUAAAAAAAAAAGACUGUUGUAAGGUUAAAACGUUAAUGUUCCAUACUUAAUGGACAUCAUCUGCAGCAUAGUUUCAACCAUAGUUAAAGACAGAAGCAGCAUAUAUAUAUGUAAUCUCUAAGGAACCUCAAACAACUGUGAGUUUCUCAAAUGAACUAACCUCAACCAAAAUCAAUAUUUCAUUAACCUAAAAUUGAAUAUAAUUAGGUUUGGCUCCUUGGCAAUUUGAGUAACCACUAAUUGCCUCCUAGUUUAAAGUUAUUGUGUCUUUUAAAGGAAACUGUGGGUAUUGUUGUAGGGGACUAUUCCAAAUAGAACUAUUUCAAAUUGUGACAAUCUCUUAAAAUGCCUUUCUGAGAGUUCUGCAUUGGGUCAGGCUAUGGGACCAUGUUAUAACAUACAGUAUUUAGGAUUUUACAGUUCCAGUUUUACAAAUUAGUUUUCAAAUUAUAUGACAGUCAAAUGCUCUAUUAUUAAACAUUGUUUUUUUACACUUUUUAUUAAAAUAAUUUAAGAUGUUUAGAUAAAUUCAUAAAAUAGUGUGCUCGCACAAUAAUAAGUCAGUAUAGGAUACUCUAGGAAACAAAUACCUGUCCACAUAGAAAUGUUGUGGCCAGUGUAUGAAUAUGUGAGUUCUGGGUCCUUUGCUUGCAGAAGUUGGAAAAUAUAAAUCUUUUACUCUGAUUUAAACAGGUAACUGCUGAUUAGAAAAAUGGAUUUUAAACUAUACAGAGUAUACACAAAAGAAUGGUGCAACUGUGACUGGCGACUCAUUUUUUGACAUGUUGACAAGCUGGUUGUUACCCCAACUGAAUACCAAUUAUGACGAUUACAUUCUACAACUGGACGGAGCUCCCUCCCAUUUUCACAGGAAUGUACGAGUGCUUCUCAAUCGUGUUUUUCCACAGCGCUGGAUCGGACGUGCUGCUGCAAAUGGAGACGACAAUCUUCUCCCUUGGCCACCCCGUUCGCCAGAUCUGACACCGUGCAGUUUCUUUCUUUGGGGGUUCGUUAAAGACAGCGUUUAUGUACCACCAUUGCCCACGUCCAUCCAUGAACUUCAUGAUCGGAUAACGCAUGCACUGCAGGUCAUUACAGCGGAAAUGCUACACCGGGUCUGGGAUGAGUUUGAAGGAUUGUAAUUAACGCAUGAGAAACUUGGACAGUUGCCGCCGCUGAUGGUGUAUGUUGCGCCCGUGUAAGGUGAGAAAUUUUUUAUUAACUUUUGAAACCGCGCCAUUCUUUUGUGUAUACCCUGUAUGAACUUAUGAAAGUAAUAUACUUCUUAAUUAAAGGGAAAUGACUUGAAGAAAUUUGUUUCUAUGAAAGUUUUUACUUUUUAACAAAUUGAAACCCAUUUGGAUGUGAGAAUAUUGCUCUCACACAGAAUCCAGGCAGAAAAAAUACAUAGACUGAAAUUUUGAAGAUAAUAAUAAAAAACUUUCAUUAUUUUGGUUUCUGUGCAGACUGUGGAAUAGACAAUAUGAUUAAAUUCAUCAAGAUGAUAUGAAAGGAUGAUUGAACCCACGUAAAAUAUAAGACUAGCACAUUAAAGAUCUAUUGCAUGAGUAUUUGCAGAUUUAACAUUAUAAAAGAAAAUCAACAUAAUUCUAAAAGUAAGAGUAUUUAAUCUGACUUGCAUAAAUCAGGAAUCUGCUUAACUAUGCUAACUCUUGUUUUGGAUUAACAAACUCCUUAAACAGAAGAAAUCAUAUUUACUCCAUAAAUUUUAUUUCAUGAAAUUGUUUCAGCAGUGAGAUGUAGAUUAAAUCAUUUAUAAUAAAAUUAAUUUUUCACAAACAACUGUAGUUAAAAAUAAAAACAAUUAAUUUACUAAAACAAAUUGACAUCCACGAAGAAUAGUUAUUGUGUAAAAUAUGUGGCAAAAUACAUUGAAAAUUCAAAAUCUCAUUUAUAGAGUAGACUUAAUUUAGGACCAAUAGAAAUGAAUUAGUGUGUGCAAAUUAAUUUUGAUAAUCUUGCCCAGUAAUGCACUACUUUAUUGCAAAAGAUUUUCCUUCAUUAAUUUUCUCAUUUUAUAGACAUUUGACUGUACGCAGGAAUGAUUGUGAAGUCAGUGAGCCUGUCCCAAAAAUUACAAGUAAUUCCAAAAGUACUUGAAAAGUGAGAAUCCCGACUCAGGCAGGACUGUCUUCUACUCUGGAAACAUACAUAUUUUAUAGGUAGUACUUCAGUAAAACCUCUGCUUUGCUAUUAUUUUUUUCUGUCAACUUCUUUUUUAUACUGUUGACUCGUCAUUGUAACUAGGCAAUACUUUAACAUGGUUUCUUCUUCAAAAAUAUGAAAUCAUUUUCAUAAGUUACUCCUCAAAUAUGUCGUAACUCCAGAACAGGGGUUUACAACUUUUUAAGACCUGGGCCCACAUCCAUAUUUUCUUAUUCACAUACAGUCUGCCAAAUUACAGAUGUUGUUAUCGCAGUUAUGGCUAACUUAAUAUUGGAAAUGGGUCCACGUAUUACCCAGUUUUCCAUAAAUGUUAGUUAACUUAAUGCAUUUAUUCAUUAAACAUGGGGAUACAAUAUUACAAAAAUUCGUGUAGUCCUCAUGAAAGAUAUAAAAAAGCUAGGGAUUAAGAACCCCUGCUCUAGAACAAGUUAACCUUCCGAUGUCAUGAUUUUGUAUUUUUAGACCAAAUUAGUUCUGUAGCUUAUAUGCAUAUGAAUUUAGUUUCACUGAAGUAACUUCUUUGAUUUCAUUGUACCAUGCACUUAAAAAUAUCGUCACUUCAAAUGAAGUCAUUAGCAAAGCAAUAUGAUUAUUAAAUUUAUAAUAGUACUAUGUGCUACAUGAUUAUUAUACAGAAUUUUGUGGCUUUGAUAUGACUGAUGAUACCAAAACUGUACCUAUCAGAGUUCAAAUUGUCCCUCUGAUCUUCAGUUCUGUGUAAUUACAUAAUUUAUGUGACUAGUUAUUUUUACAAUUAAUGUACAUUUAAUUGUGUCAUAGGUAAUAGUGAAACAAGUUUUAGGUCCACUUGUUCUUCUUCAUAAUGUACAGUUAAAUAAGUAAGAGUCUGUAAUAGAACAUCGUCUGCCUUAACUACACGGUGCUUUGGUACAACGGUAUCUUUGUUAAAUAUCAUUUGCCUUCAUGAUUUUCAGUAGAUUACUUCAUGUCAUAUAGUUGUACCUUUGUUUCACUUUUAAGAUGAUUUUCUCUUCAAAACCUACAUUUAUUCACUAUAAACAUACCAGACAGUAUAAAUAAUAUCAAAAUUACUCUUCUUAUAAUUGUAACUAUUUUUAUGAAGCCAUCUUAUAUGUCUACAUAAGGUCACCUCCAUGUUUACUAAUGUAGUUUGAUAGUGUGAAUAUUCCACAUUUUGGAAGCCUGAGUAAAAUUGUUUUAUCUGUGCAACAGUUUUAUGAAAUUGUUAUUGCUUUCUCAAUCUUAAGCAGCAAUAAUAUCUUUAAUCAGGUCAUGGCUAUUUACUGUGAUUUAAUUUACAAAGUGCAUCUACCAGUUGUAUUCUCCAAAGUGGUCCAUUACGUCUAUAAACCUCCCAACAAAAGAACAAAGCAACUAGAGAGAACAUUCAAAUUAUCUUUGACAAUAUACUACAUUUAAAGGAGUAGUAUAGACCACUGUAUGUACUGUAUUUCUCUACAGUGAAUUUCAAGUUUGUGAUCAAUAAUGUUUUCAACACUGGACAGCAGUAGAAAUAUAACUACCAGCCUCUUAACAGAAGUAAUGAAGAUAAUGCGUGAUAAAUAGAUGUGCUUUGUAAUGUCAGCAUAAAACACAAAAGCAAAGGCUAAUUAUAUCUGUGUAACAUUGAGUUUGACUACUUUUCACGUUUUAAAUUUUUUUGUUGUUGGAGUAGCUAUUAAGCUUAGUGUGACAAGUUGACUUUAAGGAUGGGGUUAAAGUGGACUAAAGUAAAUCUUAUCCCCAUGCUUAAUUAAAUUCCACAUCAAAGAAGACAUAUAGGGGAAUGGAGGUGUAGCUUCAUACAUUCUUAACCUCAGUGGCUGUACCUAUCACAAAAUACCAGAUUGUGUGGUAGCAUUGGUCCUCAGAAGACACUCAAUUCAUGCACAAAGCGCUGUGCAAAUGUUAUGAGACAUUACAAGCUGCUGUUAGCACUUAAUCACAUGCCUUGACCACUUUACCCCCUGCACUCAUUGAAUAGGAAAUUGUGUAGAUCCCCUGGAGAAAAAUAUGAUACCCUGUCAGGAACUGAACAUGAGUCAUCAAGAUCUUAGCCUGGUUUUAACUUGUAUUAAUUUUAAGAUCUGUUUCAGCAUAGUAAGUUUGUGAAACUUCUCUCUAAAUUGCAUCUUAACUGAUGGAACUUGCGAAUUAAAUCUUUGAGUGUAAAUUAGGAAUCCAACUGGCAAGUUGUCCUGCGUCUCUUUCCGAUAUUCACAUUUCUGUAUGACUUGUUGGGCUUGUAACUUCAAGCAGUUCUUUGAACAAUUACCAAGAUACUAUUGUUUUUCACUUAUAACACUGGCUUUUCAUUUCUUUCAUCAAAUUAACUUAAUUUAUUAUUGAAGAACCUAAUGCCCCUGGAUCCUUAGAAAUGAUUACAAAUCUGAUCAAUCCAAUGUUGUUUUUCACGUGUAACAUCUGAAUUUCAAAAAUUUACUUAUGCAGUAGUGAUGCUGUUUGAGAAAGGGUCAUCAAAAUGCUCUUAUAAAUUUUCUACAGAUCUGUUGAUUAACACUUUAAUUGCAAUUAUAAAAUAUGUUUAUACUCCAUGUUUGCAGAUACAGUUCAAACCUACAAUUUGUUUUGUCAGAAAAAUUACACUAUAUUGAAGAUACGCAAUAUAAGGAUUGUGCCUCAUGUCACAGACAUCAGGUGGCCAUAUUAUGAAAUAAUUUUGGAUAGGUAACACUUAAGAUUCAGGUUCAGUAACAGUUGCUUUAGAAGACAUUCGACUUAAGCACAAAGCUCCAACAAUUACACCAAAUCUCGCAGUGUUACAAUGACUCAGAAAACAAUGGACUCUUCCUUUCAUACCAGACCUGACUGUGUCGUAACAGUGGCUUCUAUGCUCAUAUUUAUAACAUUGUUUUUGGAUAUUUGUCUUCUCGUAUUUGGUGAAUGUACUUUGAUAAUUUGUACUCUUUCAGUUUUCUGGGUAUUUAUGAAUAAAACAAAGUCAGCCAUGACAGCACAAGAUAUGUGUGGGAAAAGAUUGAGAAUUCUACAACUUUUUUGAUUUUGUGGUGUUCCUGGAAUUGUGUUUGGGAUUAAAUUCAAGUAUGUUUAUUGAAACUUUGUAAAUGUAAAACCUCACUAAUGUCUGGCAAAUUAAGAAAGCCAUUCAAAUCAGAUUUUAGAAUUGUAGAGUUAUACAGCUGGCCAGUUGAAUAUGAGCCACCAUUAUAAUGUUAGUAUUGAGACAUUUCAGAGUAAAGUUCCUAUGGACAAAGAAUUGUAGCAUAUUCUUCAUAUGUGUGUGUGUGUGUGUGUGUGUGUUUGUUUGUUUGUUUGUUUGUAUUGCACAAGUUUACCCACAUUUGUUAAGUCUGAUAGUUUCAUUCAUCCUAAUUAAACUAUUUUGGUUAUUUUAUUUCAUAUAUUGUUGAUUAAGUUUUUAUGUCUAUUCAAAACAUAUAAACAAGAUACAGGUUGCCCAUAAUCAACUUAGACCUUUAUCAUUGCGACAGAAAAAAAUAGUAAAAUCCUUCAAGCAGAGGUUUUACACCAAAUAAUCUGUUGCUUUUAACUCACUAUUGGCUGGUUGGUUGGUUGUAUCCGUACUUUUCAAACUUGGAGCGUCUGUGAUAUCUAUUCUGGUUAUGUUUCAUUCUUGUAUUUUGUUUUACUUCCUGUUUAGAGUCAAGAAAAUUUAUAAAUAAGAAAUGAAAUAAAAACCACAUUCUUGAGAACA